AUGCCGAAAGAACGCACCAUCAACCCCGCGCAAGCCCAGCGCAAAGCUGAAAAAGCCAAAGCCAUAAAAAAAGGCAAAGCCGAAGCCCUCGCGCGGCGCAACGAGAAGCUCGCGCGUCGCAACCCAGAGCGUCUACAGCGGCAGAUCGAUGAUUUGAAAGCCAUAGAGAGCAGCGGCGGGACAUUGACGAACCAUGAGAAGACGGUGCUUGCGGGGCUGGAGAAGGAUUUACGGGCCGUGCAGAAAGCGCGUGAAGCCCUGGGUGAUGCGGCGCCGAAGUUUGGAGGAGGACCGCGGACGGAUGCGGGAGGGCACAGGUUAGGGAAGAGGAGGAGAGAUGAGAGGGAGAGUAGUAGUGAGAGUGAAGAGGUGCCGGAGGAUGUGAAAUCGAUACCAAUGCCGAGAGAUACGCCGCCACCGAUUCCGAAGGAGGUUUUGGAUCGGUGGUAUCAGAAGAGGAGGGAGAGGAUGGCGCGGGAGAGAGGCACGGAUGCGAAUGCGACGCCAUUGGGUAGGGAUGAGAGGAGUGCUAGCGCGCCGAAGGUGGAGGCGAAGACGGUGUAUGAGGCGAAGCCGGUGGUGAGAGAUCUGAGGAAAGAGGCGGCGGCGUUUGUGCCGGCGGCGGUGAGGCUUAAGAUGGAGAAGUCGAAGGGUGUGGGUGGCUUGGUGGAGCCGGAGGAGGCAGAUAGGCUAGAGAGAGAGGGUUAUAUGGCAGUGCGGCGCGAAGCGGAGGGAAGUGGGAGUGGUGAGAAGACGGGAGUUGAUCGAGAUAAUACCACAGCGCAUUCUAGGGUUGCUACGAUCGAGGAUGUGGAGGAUGAGGAUGGUUAA